AUGAUACUCGGGCUUGGGAUGCUGAGUGACUGUUGUCAUCUCGCUCUCUCCUCGCUAACACGAGGUGUCUGUGACUCUAGCCGGCACGGAUCAAGUCCGCUGAAAAUAGAACAUUCGCAGAUUCCUGGGCUAAAUCUCAAAUAUCCAUUGGAGCGCCAUCUGAGGGCAUCCUUCGCCUUCUCCAUCUACGACUUCGACGGUAGCGGCAAGAUCGAUGCCUUCAAUGUCGGUGACAUCCUGAGGGCACUCAACUCAAACCCCACACUCGCCACCAUCGAGAAACUCGGAGGCACCAAGAAGAAGGGCGAGAAACAGCUCUCUCUGGAAGAGUUCCUUCCCAUCUACAGCCAAUGCAAGAAAGACAAAGACCAGGGAUGCUACGAGGACUUCCUUGAAUGUCUGAAGCUGUACGACAAGAAUGAGAACGGUCUCAUGCUUGGCGCUGAAUUGACACACACCCUAUUGGCAUUAGGCGAGAAACUUGACGACAAUGAAGUCGCAGAGGUUACAAAGGACUGCAUGGACCCCGAAGAUGAUGAUGGCAUGAUCCCAUACGCAUGUAACAUUCCUGAAGAAGGUGAUGGCGUAGAUGGCAGCACUUGUCCUCAUAUCUUUAGUUGUAAGAUCGUAACUUUUCUCAAAAAAAUGGUGGCGGGUUGGCAGGGCGACAAACCAGCGGCCGCCAAGGCGGAAGCCGCGCCCGCGCCUUAG